GGGAUUCUACCACUUCAGCUCUGCUCCAUCUAUUCUGUUUGAGUGAUUGGGGGAUCGAGGACCGCGUGACACGUGUCUCAAAGGACGCACACACACACAAAGAGAGAGAGAGAGAGAGAGAGAGAGAGAGAGAGAGAGAGAGAGAGAGAGAGAGAGAGAGAGAGAGAAUAAGAAGGAGAACAAAGAGAUUCUACCACUUCAGAGAGCGAGAGAGAGAGAGAGAGAGAGAGAGAGAGAGAGAGAGAGAGAGAGAGAAUAAGAAGGAGAACAGAGAGAGAUUCUACCACUUCAGCUCUGCUCCAUCUAUUCUGUUUGAGUGAUUGGGGGAUCGAGGACCGCCUGACACGUGUCUCAAAGGACGCACACACACACACACACACACACACACACAGAGAGAGAGAGAGAGAGAGAGAGAGAGAGAGAGAGAGAGAGAGAGAGAGAGAAGCGAAAUGGUGCUAGUUCUGGCUUUAGGUGAUUUGCACAUCCCACACAGGGCGGCAGAUUUACCGCCAAAGUUCAAGGCUAUGCUUGUUCCGGGGAAGAUUCAGCACAUAUUGAGCACAGGCAAUUUGUGCAUCAAGGAGGUUUACGAUUACUUGAAGAGCCUUUGCAACGAUGUCCACGUGUCGAAGGGCGAGUACGACGAAGACCCCCGGUUCCCGGAGACCAAGCUCCUAAAUAUAGGCGGUUUUCGAAUCGGUUUGUGCCAUGGCCAUCAGGUGGUCCCCUGGGGCGAUGUGGAAUCUCUGGCUAUGCUGCAGCGGCAAUUAGAUGUCGAUAUCUUAUUGACCGGUCACACUCAUCAGUUCAAGGCCUAUAAACACCAAGGCAGGCUCAUCAUCAACCCGGGAUCCGCUACCGGAGCCUAUAGCAGUAUGACCUACGACGUGAAUCCCAGCUUUGUGUUGAUGGACAUUGAUGGCAUUCGGGUAGUAGUCUAUGUGUACGAGCUUGUCAACGGCGAGGUGAAGGUGGACAAAAUCGACUUCAAGAAAUCCGUUCAGGCUACCCAGCAAUAAAGUUUCUGACGGCUAAUGGGCCCCCCAAUCCCAUGCGAACUCGGAAGCCAAGCGCCACUAAGCCGGAAUAAUCCUGGGAUGGGUGACCUUUUAAGAGAUCUGUAAGCUUUUGUGUUGAUGGAGGUCGAUGAUGGCCUUAGGAGGGUAGAGUAGUGUAUGAUGCGUACGAGCUUGUCAAUGGCCUUAUUAGGGUAGAGGUGGACAAAAUGGACUCUUUAUUAAGAAUUCAGUUCAGGCUACCCAGCAAUAAGUUUCUGGUGGCUCAUGCGCCCAAUGCCAUGCGAACUCGGAAGCCGAGCGCCGCUAAGCGGGAAUAGUCCUCGGAUGGGUGACCUUUUAAGAGCUCUGUAAGCUUUUGUGUUGAUGGAGGUCGAUGAUGGCCUUAGGAGGGUAGAGUAGUGUAUGAUGCGUACGAGCUUGUCAAUGGCCUUAUUAGGGUAGAGGUGGACAAAAUCGACUCUUCAAGAAAUCAGUUCAGGCUACCCAGCAAUAAGUUUCUGGCGGCUCAUGCGCCCAAUCCCAUGCGAACUCGGAAGCCAAGCUCCGCUAAGCCGGAAUAGUCCUGGGAUGGGUGACUUUAGCGUAGAGUAGUGUAUGAUGUGUACGAGCUUGUCAAUCAAUGGCCUUAGGGUGAAGGUGGACAAAAUCGACUCUUCAAGAAAUCAGUUCAGGCUACGCAGCAAGUGUCUCAGAGAUCCUAUUCCACCGGCAGGUCUGAAAAGAUUACAAAAAAUGUAUACACACUCACCAGAAUGGAUAAGGAGCCGGAACCAUAAGGUUCGGUUAAAAAAAAAAAAAAAAAAAAAAAAAGUGUCUCAGAGCUCUGUAAGAACCCGCCGGAGCUGGACGAUGUUGAUAUCUUCAACAAGAAACUCUGCUGCAACCUUACUUUCUGUUGAUGGAGUUAGAUCGCCUUAGGGUGGAGUAGUGUAUGUGUACGAGCUUGUCAAUGGCGAAGAGAAGGCGGACAAGGCUACCCAAUCAGUUUUUUUAUCAGAGCUGUGUAUAAAGCUGCCGGAGGUGGACAAGGCCAUAUUUUCAGCAAGAAACCGCUUUGGGUGGGCUGCAUUAGUUAUCUGCACAGCUUUGUAUUGAGAUGGAGUUCGAUGGCGUUCGGGGGGAGCAGAUCAGGGUUAUGUGUACGAGCUUGUCAAUGGCGAGGCUGAAGGGGGACAAGAAGAAAAUGGACUUCAAGAAAGCAGUUCAGGCUACAGAAGAAGUUUUUCAGAGCGCUGUAUAAAGCCACUGGAGCUGGACAAGGUUGAUAUCUUCGACAAGAAACCGCUUUGGGCGGCGGGUAGGAGUGUAUGUGUACGAGCUUGUCAAUGGCGAGGUGAAGGUGGAUGAAGACGACUCCAAGAAAUCGGUACAGACUGCCCAGCAAGGUUUCCAGAGAUCUGUAUAAAGCCGCUGGAGCUGGUUUAGGGUCGACGUCUUCAAGAAGAAACUGGUUCUGGCGGCCUGCGGAAGUUUCUCAGGGAUCCAAAAAAAGCUGGAGGUUGACAGAUGUGGCAUAUUUGAAAAACUGGUUUGGGCUACAUGCGCCGCCAAAACUCGGUGUGCAGGGCCCACGGCCGAUGGCUGGGAAAGGUACUGGUGGUUUAAAGGGUGGACAGCCUUGAGAUAUCAGUGUGAAACUGACUGGCCCUAGGUAAUUACCCAGGGAAUUUCGCCCAUCUGGUUCCAGCUGGACUCGAACUCACACCUGCAUUUUAACAGUUAUGGGUAUACCAACUGAGCUAAGGCCCACUGGUUGGUUACGUGAGGUUUUCAGUGCUUGCUCCGAAAAACUCUGGAGUCUAGAGAUGCGUAAGAAAGCCUGCGUCUGGACAAGAUCUGUUAUUUUCUACGUAAGGAAUCCUGCGUUCGAACCAGGGUUCUUCGGGUGGGCUGCGUAAGUGUUUCAGGCCUUUAAAACUCUGGGGCCAAGUCCUGUUUACCCGAAUUCUCUCAAUUUUUUCUAACUGUAGAUUACGAAGAUCGACGGCCAGAUAGGAAGAAUGGGUGCAAGUGGGACUUGGCCCCUGGAGCUGGACAAGCUGGACAAAAAGAUUGUCUUUCUUUCUUUCUUUUUCAUAUAUAUAUAUAUAUAGGGGCCGUCACUACGCGGCCAUGCUGUGCCUCUAAUGCUUCCUUUGUUUCGUGGGUGUCUUGAUUGCUUGUGAUGGGGUGUGAACCGACAGUCUGUAGAGUUUUCCACCUGGUGUGGGUGAGUUUGUCACAGCCCCUCGUUUGUUGCCCUCUUCUCCCUCUCUGCCUACGGUAUACCGGGCAGCUCUGUUUAUAUAUAGGUUCAGCCUCCUGAUGAGUCGGUGAAACUCCGACGAAACAGUUUGUCACAGCCCCUCGUUUGUUGUCCUCUUCUCUCUCUCUGCCUACGUUUUUACCGGGCAGUUCUGUUUGUGACGAUAUAUAGACUGACUUCUUUCAAACCACCUGCAAUGUUUCCCAGCCAUUUUUCUCUGAUGGGGCCAUUUAACUCGCCUUGACGUCGGUGGCACGGCCUACCGGAGCUAAAUGGCUGGUGGCGCCAACGUUUCUAAGUUUCUCAGUGCUCUCUGAAAAACCCGCCCGAGCUGGACAAGGUUUGACUUCAAGAAACCGGUUCGGGUCCUCCUGAGGGCCGUCUAAUCAUAAGUUUCAGUGCUGUGAAAAGCUUGUUCGGGUCCUUCGGAGGGCCAUCUAAUGAUAAGUCUCAGUGCUGUGAAAAGUCUGGAGGCAGACAAGGUUGGACUUCAAAAAAUGGGGGUCGAGGCUGAUUCUGCGGUGGCACCAGAUCUACGGCGAUCAUUGGUUGGUCGGUCGUCUGGUCCGACAGGGGAAGUGGUGGUAUGUGUCGACUGCGCCAGCAAGUGGUCUUUUAACUGUGCCACCAGAAACUGGUGGCCAACGGGGCCCGUUGUAUGUAGCGUUGCCUUUCAACAUCAAUCGACUCAGAAAGUGCUUGUAACUUUGAUUCUUUCUGAUCAAUGCUUGGGGUAAGCUUCUUGUCAUUUCUUUCAAUUCUUCAUGUUGCAGAGUGGAGUCCUGCUGUGUGGGCAAGAAUUUAGUCCAGCGAUCGUUGAGAGGAGAGGGGGCUGCCCCAGAAAGUGUGGCGGUGUGAUCGGUGCGUGCUGCGCUGGCCUGUCGAAUAUUCGAGUUCGAGUUCUGAGGCGUGUCUCAUUGCUCUCGAUGUUGGGUAGGGAGUGUUGUCAUAGCCAGGUCCAGUUUUGGGGUAGGUGGAUUUUCAUAAGUAGCUCGGAGGGUUGAAAGGAAGGAAAAAGUUGUUCAUGUAUGGAUCAGACGAAAUAGGGAACGAAACGAGGAGGGAAAGAUGAGGCCAGCAGGGUGUACGAAAGUUGCACACACAGAGAGAGAGAGAGAGAGAGAGAGAGAGAGAGAGAGAGAGAGAGGGGUUGCAACAGUGGCUGAGGUCAACGAAGUGAGGAAUAUAGAGCGCUGAUCAAGCAAAGCAAAAGGAAGGAAUGUGUCGUUUGCGGGUGUCUUCUGCCGCCAUGCAAGGAGAUGACAAAUGGGGCUCUUCUAACCUAUGCUGCAAAAAGCCACAUACAGGUCUCUCUCGUCAUCUUCGCACAGUUUGGUCGCUAUUGCUGUAUCAACGGAGUGACCACGAUUUGCCAGUUUGGCUGUGCCUGAUCGAGUGCAUUGCACACAAGAAUGGAUGCUUGGGUAGGAGUGGACUUGGAGCUUGGAUCCUCGCUUCCACAAAGGUGCUCGGUGGAUAAGGAUAAGGUCCUCUCUCUCUCUCUCUCUCUCUCUUGGAUUUCGAGCUUGGAUCCUCACUUCCACAAAGGUGCUUGGUGGAUAAGGUCCUCUCUCUCUCUCUGUGGGGACGCCUUUGUCUACCGUGUAUUGUUUAUUCUGUUGGUAGUACGUGGUACAGAACCGUAGGGCAUGUCAUAUGAUUGGAGUUGUCCCUUUUUUGGUGGCUUUGCGGCGCAAGGGUCCAAAGUCAUGUAAUAGGGAGGAGGAGCGGGGAAGGGUGGCUUUUCAGUGAAAGUUUGUCCAAGGGGUGGGGGGGGGGUUGGAAAGAGCAAAGAGGAGGAGCAAGAAAGUGCCAAACUGAUGCAAGAAUGGAGCACCAAGUGAAACAAAAAAGGAAAAAAAAG